AUGACAUCAUGGUUUGACAUUCGGGGUUUGAGUCCUGACAGCCCUGAAGAUGAAGAAGGGAUAAAAGAAGCAUCUCAAAGAUUGAAGGAGUUGAUAGAAAAAGAAGAAUCUGAAGGCAUUCCGAGCAACAAGGUCGUAAUUGGAGGAUUUUCUCAAGGAGGUGCUGUUGCCUUGUACACAGCAUUUACCUUGUCGAAACCUUUGGCUGGUGUCAUUGCCCUCAGUUCUUGGAUGCCACUUAAUAAACAAUUUCCAGGAGUUGUGAAGGGGAACCAGAGCACCCCAGUCCUGCAGUGCCAUGGGACAGCAGAUCACGUGGUUCCAUUUCAGUGGGGUACCCUCACUGCCAAGCUAGUCAAUAGUUUCAACUGUAAACAUGAACUGAAGACAUACCAAGGCGUGAUGCAUUCUUCAUGUCCACAGGAAAUGAUAGACCAUAAUUUCUUUUUUCUUUUCUCUGUUUUUUCCUUCUUCUUCAUCCCUUCUUCCUUCCUUCUUCUUUUCUUUCCUUCUUCUUUUCUUUCCUUCUUCUUUUCUUUCCUUCUUCUUUUCUUUUUCUUCUUCUUUCUUUUCUUCUUUCCUUCUUUUCUUUUCUUUUUCUUUUCUUCUUUUCUUUUUCUUUUCUUCUUUUCUUUUUCUUUUCUUCUUUUCUUUUUCUUCUUCUUUUCUUUUUCUUCUUCUUUUCUUUUUCUUCUUCUUUUCUUUUUCUUCUUCUUUUCUUUUCUUUCUUUCUAUUUUUUUUUUUUUUUUUUUUUUUUUUUUUUUUUUCAUAAAAAAUUUAAUCAUAAAAACUCACACUAUAUUUGA